CCGUACCCUAACUCUGUCGCGGACAGGUGUGGUUAGGAACAGUGUCCUGACCGGGCGCACAGCCAUCAAUAUUACACCUGGACAGGUAGAAACUUUCACGUCAGAAGGUGACAGUGAGCGGUGACGUCCAUAGUGCCUUUAUUACCGACUGCGACACAAGUGACCACCAACAAGGCGGAGACGCUACAACUGCCUUGAACUUUUCCUGUGGAAGGAUAAUCAGAAUGGGGGACCCACAGACAGGACACAUGUUUCUACAGACUCAUGGACAAGUCGGCGGAAAAUGGCCAGUCUGCUGCCUGGUUCUACUGGGCUUUCUUGUCUCACAACAUCGUAUAGCUUUAGUUGCAGGUAAAACAACGGACACAUCUCAAACUUCUAUACCAGAGACAACUGCGACAGGCAUUUCAACCACAGUGUAUACAGCGUCAACAGGCACUGAACAACAAAACACUACUGCAUAUACAGAAGUAACACAGGUAGCUACAACAUCAAAUGCGGCCCAAAACCCUGCUGAGACUCCUGUAACAAGUGAUUUUCCAACGGAGGCAACAGUAAAAGUCACAGAAACAGACAAGAUUACAACUGAAGAAUCUACCAUAGAAACUACUGAAAUGACAACAAAUGACAUAACUGAUUCUCCAACUGAUGCAACAACCGUAAAAACUACUGAAGUUACAAAGGCCCAGACUACCAAUUCUUUAACGACGGCAACUACAAUAGAAACCAUAAUAAGUACAACGGAUGGGGCUGAUUUUCCAACAGAGGCAACAACAAUACCAACCACAGAAAUUACAACAGAUCAAACAACUAAUGUUCCAACUGAGUUAUCUACAGUGGAAACUACAGAAAUUACAACAGAUGAGACAACUGAUUUUCCAACAGAGGCAACAACAAUACCAACCACAGAAAUUACAACAGAUCAAACAACUAAUGUUCCAACUGAGUUAUCUACAGUGGAAACUUCAGAAAUUACAACAGAUGAGACAACUGAUUUUCCAACAGAGGCAACAACAAUACCAACCACAGAAAUUACAACAGAUCAAACAACUAAUGUUCCAACUGAGUUAUCUACAGUGGAAACUUCAGAAAUUACAACAGAUGAGACAACUGAUUUUCCAACAGAGGCAACAACAAUACCAACCACAGAAAUUACAACAGAUCAAACAACUAAUGUUCCAACUGAGUUAUCUACAGUGGAAACUACAGAAAUUACAACAGAUGAGACAACUGAUUUUCCAACAGAGGCAACAACAAUACCAACCACAGAAAUUACAACAGAUCAAACAACUAAUGUUCCAACUGAGUUAUCUACAGUGGAAACUACAGAAAUUACAACAGAUGAGACAACUGAUUUUCCAACAGAGGCAACUACUAUACCAACCACAGAAAUUACAACAGCUCAGACUACAGAUACCUUUACUGAAGCAUCCACGGUGGAAUCUACAGCAAUUACAACAGAUGAGAAAACAGAUUUUUCGUCAGAGGCAACUACUAUACGAACCACAGAAAUUACAACAGCUCAGACAACUAAUUUUCGAACUGACGCAUCUACAGUUGAAACCACAGAAAUCAUAAAAGAUGAGACAACUGAUUUUCCAACAGAGGCAACUACAAUACAAACCACAGAAAUUACAACAGCUCUGACUACAGAUACUUUAACUGACGCAUCUACGGUGGAAUCUACAGAAGUUACAACAGAUGAGGAGACAACUGAUUUUCCAACAGAGGCAACUACAAUACCAACCACAGAAAUUACAACAGCUCAGACUACAGACACUUUUACUGACGCAUCUACGGUGGAAUCCACAGAAGUUACAACAGAUGAGACAACUGAUUUUCCAACAGAGGCAAUUACUAUACCCACCACAGAAAUUACAACAGCUCAGACAACUGCUUUUCCAACUGACGCAUCUACAGUUGAAACCACAGAAAUUACAACAGAUGGGACAACUGAUUUUCAACAGAGGCAACUACAAUACCAACCACAGAAAUACAACAGCUCUGACUACAGAUACUUUAACUGAAGCAUCUACGAUGCAAUCUACAGAAAUUACAACAGAUGAGGAGACAACUGAUUUUCCAACAGAGGCAACUACAAUACCAACCACAGAAAUUACAACAACGCAGACAACUGAUUUUCCAACUGACGCAUCUACAGUGGAAACUACAGAAUUUACAACAGAUGCGACAACUGAUUUUCCGACAGAGGCAACUACAAUACCAACCACAGAGAUUACAACAGCUCAGACUACAGAUACUUUAACUGACGCAUCUACGGUGGAAUCUACAGAAAUUACAACAGAUGAGAAAACUGAUUUUCCAACAGAGGCAACUACAAUACCAACCACAGAAAUUACAACAACGCAGACAACUGAUUUUCCAACUGACGCAUCUACAGUUGAAACCACAGAAAUCAUAAAAGAUGAGACAACUGAUUUUCCAACAGAGGCAACUACAAUACAAACCACAGAAAUUACAACAGCUCAGACUACAGAUACUUUAACUGACGCAUCUACGGCGGAAUCUACAGAAGUUACAACAGAUGAGGAGACAACUGAUUUUCCAACAGAGGCGACUACAAUACCAACCACAGAAAUUACAACAGCUCAGACUACAGAUACUUUAACUGACUCAUCUACGGUGGAAUCUACAGAAGUUACAACAGAUGAGACAACUGAUUUUCCAACAGAGGCAACUACAAUACCAACCACAGAAAUUACAACAGCUCAGACUACAGAUACUUUUACUGACGCAUCUACGGUGGAAUCCACAGAAGUUACAACAGAUGAGACAACUGAUUUUCCAACAGAGGCAACUACUAUACCAACCACAGAAAUUACAACAGCUCAGACAACUACUUUUCCAACUGACGCAUCUACAGUUGAAACCACAGAAAUUACAACAGAUGAGACAACUGAUUUUUCAACAGAGGCAACUACAAUAUCAACCACAGAAAUUACAACAGCUC